CAACGCAACGCAACGUGAUUGGCUAAUAUCCCUCGACCCUCAUGUCGUUAUCUAGUUCCCAAAGUUCUUAUUCUUCUCUUAGAAGAAUGAAGUCACCACCAAUCGCUCACUUACUCACAGCAAGAAGAAAAGAGAGAUAUGGGAUUAGCCUCCGUUGUUCACAACGGCAUCAAAAUCCCAUUCAAAUUCCAACACAGUGACAGGGUUUCACUCUCACACUCCAAAUUCUCUCCCCUCGUCUCUUCCUUUUCCUCUGCUUGUCAUUCUCGCGGUGCUCUCUUUUUUCCAAUUUUGGGCUUCAAACAUGUAGAUAAGGAUGGUAGAUUAACUCCCUCAGAUGUAAAGAGAAUCUACGCUCAACCAAAAGAAGACAUUAGCAAGAAGGAGCCAUCUAAGGAUAAAAGUACACAAGAGUCUCUGGGAGAUAAAACUUACAGCUCUUCUGUUAGAAAUGUGGUCUUAUGGGUGAGCGCGGCAGUGGCAUUUGGUGUUGGUUUGGGAUUUAAAGAGGGUGUUGACAAGGCAUCUGAAUUCUUUGCUGGAUACAUAUUGGAGCAAAGUCUUUCUGUAGAUAAUCUCUUUGUCUUCGUUCUGAUAUUCAAAUACUUCAAAGUGCCAAUUAUGUACCAGAAUCGUGUACUUUCUUAUGGUAUUGCUGGUGCAGUUAUCUUUCGCCUAACGUUAAUACUUCUUGGAACAGCCACCCUUGAGACGUUUGAGGCAGUCAACCUUCUAUUGGCCGCUAUAUUACUUUACUCGUCAUUUAAGCUAUUUGCCGGUGAAGAUGAUGAGUCGGACUUAUCUAAUAACUAUGUGGUGAAGACAUGCCAGAAAUUUAUCCCUGUAACAACAUAUUACGAUGGAAAUCGUUUCAUAACAAGUCAAGAUGGACUGUGGAAAGCCACCCCUUUGCUUCUUACUGUAGCAGUUGUUGAGUUCAGUGACAUUGCAUUUGCAGUUGACUCAAUACCUGCAGUUUUUGGCGUAACUCGGGAUCCGUUUGUAGUAUUUUCGUCUAAUCUUUUUGCCAUUUUGAGUUUAAGGUCACUUUACCCAAUAAUAUCUGAGGGCAUGUCAGAGUUGGAGUACCUGCAGCCAUCCAUUGCUGUUGUUCUGGGAUUCAUUGGGUGCAAGAUGAUCCUGGACUAUUUUGGAAUCCAUGUAUCAACGGAGGCUUCUCUUGGAUUUGUAGUCAUAUGUCUUACUACAGGAGUGUUAUUAAGUGUGGCCAAGAAAUCUGAUUAACUUGGUAAAACUCCAAGUUUGGCAUUUUUCAGUGACGGAAAGAUGACUUGAAUUGACGGAUGUCACGCUGGAAGCCAAGCUGGAUUUUCAAAACGACGCCGUUUUUUAAUUGGCGCCCAAAUUGCAUAGAAACAUCGUCGGUUAGUGUAUUAGAGGGGAUUUAACAUGCAGUGACUAUUUCUCUCAAUCCAACAUAGUCUCUUCUCUUUAUUUUCUUCAAUGAUGCCACUUUGAGAGGGAUUUUCUCUGAUGCUUUCUGUCAAGCAAAGCAAGCAGUCUUUAUUGCACACGUAGUGGUCUGAUGAGAAGCAUCUUGAUUGUUAGAGGUAACCAAAAUAGAAAGGAGAAACAAAAUAGCUAUUAUCUACUCCUCUGUUUUUCUUAAUCAUGGCUUUUUCUACAUUGUUAAGUCGAUAUAUAUUCAUUCGUUCAUCCCUUUUAUAAUGUGUUUUUUUUUUUUUUAAAUGUGUUAGGGUUUUCUUCGUAUGUUGUUGUUGCAUUAUUAUUGUUUGUUUUUGUCCGUGAUGAUGGUAGCUAUGGUUGUAAUGUGCUGAAACUAGUAGUAUGUAUGUAGUUUCUGUUUCUGCGUA